AGUAUGUUUUUUUUCAUGUGGCAAUAUCUUUUGUUUUUCAUUCCCAUUAUUACCGGCAGGCAUCCUAGUUUAGUCCAAACAUGAAUUAGAUAUAAGCAAUUCUGGUCGAACAAUUGAUAAUAUAAAGAGUUUAAAGAAAGCCGUGAGCAACUGGAAUUACAUUGCUUUUGUAUAGUUGUUGCAUUGUUUCUCGUAAAGUUAUCAGCCAAUACAACAUAUACAUAUGAAUGACUGAUGUGUACUGAUGGGAAGUGGAAGCAGGGUAUGAAUGGGAUAAUAUUCCUUUCAGUUACUAUUUUGUUCGUUUAUUUUCCUUCAUUUUUUUUCCUGCUGCCCCAUCGUAAAAGCAUAUGAAAAUGAGUAUUUGUUGGAUUGUUUUCAGGCAUAGUCUGUGCAUAUGUAAUGAAGUUGUUUUUCAGCUUCAGUAAUUAUACAUAAUCGAAAAGAUACUUUUUAUGAGCCAAAUUAUUCAGCUACUAUUAAUUUUUCACCGAGAUUAUUUGAAUUUCUUUGUAAAUAUUUGGUAGCCACCCACCUCAUUUUUUUGUCUCUUUAAUCAUGUUAGUAAUCUGCUUUAGUUCUGCAGUUUUAUGCUGCCUGCUGUGAUACAUAAGGAUACAGUUCAGCACUCUGAAAUACUUGGAGUGGUCAAUGUUUGUAUAUCGGGAAAAUACCUUUAAAAGUAUAUAGAUUAUAAGGAUGAAGUAUCUGAUGAAAGAUGUGAAAGAUUCCAAACUGGAUUAUUUGAUGAAUUUGUCAAGAAAAGCUUGGACCAUUUGGAUACUAUAUAUAAUCCUAGUAACAACUCUGGCUUUUGUUGCUAAUAUUGUCACCAUUAAUGGAACUUUUAUAUUUGAUGAUCGCGAGGCCUUAGUGAAAAACGCGGAUGUCAACAAUCUAAGAACACCGAUAACAAGUCUGUUCGUUCAUGAUUUUUGGGGCAAGAAUAUCUCUUCUCCUGAAAGUCAUAAAUCUUAUCGACCUAUUACUAUUAUCGCAUUAAGGCUACAACAUCAUUUAUUUGGGUCUCUAAAUCCCAAAAGCUUUCAUAAAUUUAAUAUUGGACUCCACGUUCUAAACUCCUUAAUGUGCCUAGGCGUAACAGCCACAAUUUGGGGAAAGACGGAGAAGCAUAAAGAAGGAAUUUUGCUUGCUUCUUCCCUUUUUGCUGUGCAUCCAAUUCACACGGAAACAGUCGCCUCAGUUGUUGGACAAGCGGACAUGUUGUAUACAAUGUUCUCUUUGCUCGGUUUUCUAAUUUAUCAUUAUGGUCUCAUGGCAAAUAAGAACAACAAAGGAAAUACAUUUCUACGUAAUGUAAACUGCCUUCUGGUUGUAUCAAUGCUGACAGUUUUAUCUACAUUCAGCAAAGAACAAGGAAUUACGACAAUGGUUAUAUGUUCACUGUAUGAUAUUGUACUCCAUCAGUCGGAAAUAACGUCAAGUUUCCGUCAAAUUUGGCCGAAUGUGAAGUAUUCAACCAAAGUCAAAACGAAACGAAUAAAAGAAAAUUUAGUGACCAUAUUUUACCUUUUGUUCCGAAUAUUCUUUAUGGUAGCAAUAACACUUCUGUUGCUAACAUUCCGGCUCAAGCUGAUGAUAAAGCAACCAGUAUUUAAUAAAGAGGAUAAUCCACAUUCUUUCGUAGACAAUUUUCUUUUACGGGUUGUAAAUUACAGCUAUAUUUAUUGGUUGAACACAUGGCUACUUUUAGACCCUUGGUGGCUCUGCUGUGAUUGGUCAUAUGAUUGCAUCCCUAUUUUGAAUUCGCCUUGGAAUUUCCGAACUUUAGCAGCCCUAUCGUUCUGGAUCCUAAUAGUUAUGAUGAGUUACAGAAUUCUCCUCUUUCGAAACACGUCAAUGGCACGGAAAAUUUCGCUGUCUCUAAUAUUUUGGAUCGUUCCGUUUACUCCGGCAAGCAACAUGUUCUUUCGAGUUGGUUUUGUUAUUGCUGAAAGAAAUCUCUACUUACCUAGCCUUGGCUUCUGUAUCGCUAUUUCACUUGGCUUCUGUAUAUUACGAGAAAGUCACCCACAUCGGUCGCAGAUUCUUAAAACAGCAGCUGUAUGCCUGACUUUUGUAUUCAUCGUCAGGUCUCACCAGAGAAAUAAAGAUUGGCUCGAUGGGAAACGAUUAUUUCAUUCAGGCCUUAAAGUGUGCCCAAAUAAUGCCAAGCUUACUUUAAUAUUGCUGUUGGAUACCUUCAUCAUAAAGAAUAUAAAUCUGCGAAGAAUUACUUUUCUGAGACUGUAAGGAAAUAUCCUGAAUUUGUGUCUGCUUACACUGGUUUGGGACAGUGUUAUAUGAACCUGGAGAAUUAUACAAAAGCAGAGUAUUAUUAUCAAAUAGCUACGAAUAUCAGUUCACAGAUGGAUCGAGAAGACGUCUUGUGGAACUUGUGUUACGUAAAAUUCAAAUUGAAGAAAAUGGAAGAAGCCGAACAUUGUAUAAACACUUUGAUACACAAUUACCCAUUGUCGGCGUACAAGGCAUAUUAUGGGCUUGCAGAAAUAUAUUAUUAUAAUGGUGAAAAACAAAAGGCUCUGCAAGCAUGGAUGAAAGCAAUUGAAUUAAAUUCCACCGAUUCAGCAGCAUGGGAGAGUGUUGUUGCUUAUCUACACCAUCUGAAUCGACGAAAAGAAAGUGAAGAAGUAUUCUUAAGAGCUUUGAACCACGUGACUGAGCCAACAUCAUUGCAAAAUAUAUGGGCGCGUCUUCACCAGAAAGAACAUUAUCCACUUGGCGAAUCUCGUUUGAAAAAGCGUUGAAACACCUGUAAAUUACUGAAUUGUUUCUAAGAAAUAAAUUUGAUAUCUGUUAUU